AUGACGGCAAAACCCUCAUCGCAUUAUCGACGGAUCCAACUCCUCUUACCACUCGCAUUGUUUUCUGUGCUAAUACUUGGGACGGUGCGUGUUUUUCUCGACAAUUUGAAGAACAAUCAGCUACAUUUGCAUUGGAGAGGUUUGAGCAGAAGAUCAUUUAGAGUGCCAAUUAAUGUUUCUGAAGACGAAAUAAUUAAAGAUGGAUGCAAUGUUUUUGAAGGGAAAUGGAUUUGGGAUAAUGAAAGUUAUCCACUUUACAGAGAAGAAACUUGCCCAUUUUUGGUUAAACAGACUACAUGCUUAAGGAAUGGGAGACCUGAUUCUUUCUAUCAGAAUUGGAGGUGGCAGCCUAACUCUUGCAAUUUGCCUAAAUUUAAUGCACUCAAGUUUCUGGAGAUGUUGAGGGAUAAAAGGUUGAUGUUUGUUGGAGACUCAAUACAAAGAGGCAUGUUUGAGUCUAUGGUUUGUUUGGUACAAUCUGCAAUACCUGAUGGAAUGAAAUCUCUUACAAGAGUACCCCCCAGGAAAAUUUUUGCAAUUGAGGAGUUCAAUGCGACAAUUGAGUACUAUUGGGCUCCCUUUAUUGUCGAGUCAAUUUCAGACCAUGCAACGAACCAUACUGUAUUGAAACGCCUCGUGAAGCUUGAUUCUGUUGCUAAACAUAGUAAAGAAUGGGAAGGAGUUGAUAUUUUGAUCUUUGAAAGCUACGUUUGGUGGAUGCACAAACCUCAAAUCAACGCAACAUAUGGAUCUGAGGACAACAUUCAAGAAUAUAAUGCAACAACUGCCUAUAGAUUGGCAUUAGAAACGUGGGCGAAUUGGAUAGAAUCCAGCAUUAAUCCUAAAACUCAAAAGAUCUUCUUUGCAACAAUCUCUCCAACUCAUUUGUGGAGCUGGGAAUGGAAGCCAGGAAGUGAUGGUAACUGCUUUACAGAAACACACCCAAUUGAAGGAUCGUACUGGGGAACAGGUUCAAAUCUUGAAAUCAUGGGAAUAGUGAAAGAAAUCGUGGGAAAAUUGAAGGCUAAUGUAAGAUUAUUAAACAUAACCCAAUUGUCAGAAUUCAGGAAAGAUGGACAUACCUCAGUGUUUGGUGAACGGAAAGGCAAACUCUUGACUAAAGAACAGAGAUCUGAUCCAAGAAAUUAUGCUGAUUGCAUUCACUGGUGCUUACCAGGAGUCCCUGAUUCUUGGAAUGAGAUUCUGUACGCAUUGUUGUUACAAGAUUAUCAGGUUCCUCGUUCACCAUUAAGUGAAGCAAAAACUCCGGUACCUUGA